UACUGUCUAAAACACGAGGGAAAAUCUCAUCCAUGUCAUCCAUGACAAAACUAAAAGACAGCAGAUCGUGUUUCAUAACUAGUUCUCAAACUCAUUAAUAAUUCAUUAAGAAAAUACAAAGGAAAUUAAUGUUUAAUGAGUGUUUGGAAAUCGGAUGAAACACUGCUUAGUAUUUGCAUCCUUAAUUUCUCCUUCAAAAAUGAUUUUGUUUGAGAAGAAAUAUCAAACAUUCGACACAGUGUUUCAUCACCAGAUGAAACACCUCGAAGUUCGUCAAAAAUACUCCGCUGCGCGUCGUAUUUUCAACUCUCUUCUCGGUGUUUCAUCUGGUGAUGAAACACUGCAUCUCAUGUUUGAUAUAUUACAUGACGUGUAUUUUAUAAAUGCGUGCAGCUCGUUCAAGGUGAAAUUAUGCUAAUUUCAAUCACCAUCAUGCUUCUUUUUAAUUUUGAAAAAAAACAUCUCAUACGUCUUUCUGUUUCUUCGAAACUUCAAAAUUAGUUUUCCCUCAGUUUUUACUGUUUACCUUGUUUUGUUUUAGAGAGAAGAACGGAGAAAAAACCUUACAACUAACCUCAAUAAGUUUUGUUUACAUGCGGUUGCCGGAUUUGCGACGCAUUGCGCGAAUCGCCGUGGCGCGUUGCACCCGAGAAGCAAAGUUUGAAGCAGUACAAAGCCACUAUAUCAAAAUAUAUCAAUCUAAGUUUUUGUUAUGUUAUAUAAAAUUUAUCCCCCUUUAACAUAUGUAAAUAUUGAGGUUAAGAAAUGUUAAGCUUUUGCGAACGAAACGCCGAAAGACAAUUAGGUGAUAUCAGAAACUCAUAAGGGGUUGAAACGUGUAACUCUCAUAUGUUUGCUUUGUCCAAUGCUCGUGAUUAUUCAUUUUCGAAAGUACCAUAUUUGGAACGAGAAGAAGAGAUAACUGACCAAUCAAACUUCGUAAACAACGUGACGUAAUUUUCCUUCAGAUUCCCGCGCCCGCUUAAAAAAAUGGCCGACAAACGGGGGAAAAACUCCCGAAAGCCGAGAAAGCUUUCAAAGGUUGAAGCCAGGAAUAUUACCGAAACGCUGAGCAGGAUAUUAUUGCCUUACCACCCGGGCCAAACGUAACAUUAUGAAACCCAUUGACGGCCUCGCAACUUCUUGAAGUUGUCACUUCAAAAAACGAUGCCUCGUUGACCAUCUGCACAGUAAACUUAUACUGCAAAUAGGCUUUUGAAAUUCUUAUGUUAAAAGUCUAGAAUAAACAGUGAAAAAUAUUUUCGAAUAAAAUUCAUUAGCUGCGUAUCGAAAAGUGUCCAAAACCUGAACCUGACAUCUUCACAAAAAGUGAUGCUUGUAAUGAAUGUGAGAAGCAUUUUAAAAGCUAAAAUUAUACUUGGAUGUUGUAGUCACGAUCGUAUGUUGAGCUAAUUUUAUGAAUGAACAAACUCAAAACAAUAGACAGAGAAGCUGUUUCUUGAAAAUUUUUAUUCAAAGUCCAAAAAGUUAAUCCUUUAAAGCAAUUCGGAAAACACUAUCUGGAUCGUGGAUCCGUUCACGCAAGUGAAAUCGGCUAAGCACAUGGCAAAAUUCAACACAAAAUCCAUCUCAAAUCAGGGCACAUUUUGUAAUUUUUCUUAAAACGUCAAUGAAACAUUUAAAAGUACAUAAAUUCCCUUUCAAAAACGUAAUUGUCUUGGCCAUAGAGUGCAAAAUGUACCUGAAAAUUCAGCAAAAACUUCGCUGACUUGGUUGCAUUUCAAAACAGACCAUGGGCUCCGCCGUGAAGAAAACAAGGUUGAAUUCCUCGAAGGACGAUUUCUUGAUGAAAAGCUUCCCUUUCUCCACAAAAAGAAAGCUGAGCAUUCUUUUGAACUUUCUCUUUCCAUUUUUUGUCUUUUAACGGUGCAUUUUUAACCUUGAAAUGCAGAACUCUUGUCUUAAAACAUCUGCGUGGUGAUCGCGCAGCAGCCAUUUUGUUGAAAAUGGAUAUCCGUUACUAAGGUUUCCAAAUAUGGUAAAAGUAAAUAUUCACGAGCAUUAAACGCGAGUUACACGUUUCAACCCCUUAUGGGUUUCUGGUGAUAUUUAGUGGAAGGAGGAGGUAUUCAGCAAUUUCAAAUUAAACUCAAAUUUUGGCAUUAUACGACCAACAAGUUAGACUUAUAGGCAUACAGAUAUAAACAUAUGAAACUGUUUAUUGCUAUUGUUAUGAAACGAAUUUAUCUAUUUAACAUUGUAGCCUGAAAUUACAGAAAGAAAAUAGGAUUUCCGGUUUACAAAAAGGAAAAUUUCGCCGGCCUUCAAGCGCACCGGAAGUGCGGAAAUAGCGCUCGUACCAGUCCUAAUCUGCAUCACACAUUAAAUGAAGAGCGGAGCGCUCGUUUCACCGCCCAACAUUUAUCCGCCCUGGAUCGUACAUAGGAGCAACCCGCCAUUUUGUUUUGUUCUCAAAAAACAGGCGCGGCAGCUAAGCACUUGCUUCAACAAACCGCUGACUGCACAGCGCCGCAGUCACAGAUUGAUUGAACCAUGGAACCAUUGAACCAAAGAUCUCAAAUCGCUCAAGAAUAUGGUCUGCUGCCGGCUGAUGCCCGGCAGCAAAUAGACAGACUGCAAACGCAAAGCAACUGACAAAGGCCGAGGAUCGAAAACCGCCAAUCACCGCACAUACACUGAUCUCAGUUUGACCAUCGUGUUUUCUAAGAGGUCAGGUCUGUUGCACUGAUUACUGGCAGCAAAAAAAAGAAGAAAAAACAAAAUUUUGAAGUUGACUUGUGGAAAGUGUGGUUUUUCAAACAACAGUAAUCGAAUCAGUAUUCGAUUAUUGAAUCGAGGCUGAAUAUGAAUAUUGGAUUGUUCAUUUUAAGAAUGGAUUAUUGAAUCAACAAACGAAAUCAUUUUAUCCUUAAUGAAUUCAUUAGUUCGUUGGCGACUCGACGGAAACGCUUGACCUGCUUGGACUGUAACAACAGUCCUAUUCAGGACUACCUUGACCCGGACGAUCAUGCUCAACCUACUGACUCCUGGGUUCAAACCCUUCAUUGUGUAACCUGUUUUAAUGGGUAACCCUCGGGAUUCGCGGGAUUGUUGAACAGGCCCCAGUUGUUCAAACGUUGGACAGCGCUAUUUACUUGAUAAAUCACUGUCCAGCGGAUACGUAUUAGAGGUUUAUCCAGUAGAUAGGGUUAUCCAAUUUUCCAACAACUCGACCCAGAGCUGCAAAUCAUUAUUUCUUUCUUGAAUGGUCAUAUGUCUGGGCUAAGGGAACAUUUUGUUGGCAGAAAACAGUCCUGUGGUCAGCUAUCACGCGUCUGCUGCCCUCUUCUCCAGCUACGUUAACGGCACUUACUCAUAGUUUCUUUUUCGCCAUCCAGCAAUUUCGAAGUUUUUGAUUGCCUAUAUUUUUUUUGUUAGUGAUCGCAAAGAGUUGAAAAUUGCACAAACCACUCAAAUUUAUUAGCUCUUUCAACUUUUGAAUCUAAUUUUUAUAUACGGUGACGUCUUCUAUAGGUUAACUUGACAACCUGGUUCCCAGGGUUCUCUGUCUUCCUCCCUCGAAACAAGAGAGAGAACCCUGGGAAGGAGGUUGUUGAAUUGUAUGCUAAUGAGCAAAAUUGCAAACAAUGACGUCAUAAGGGAUUCGCCAAUGGAAGAGCUGACUUUUAACAUACUGUUUACUUCUGUAGGCAAUAAAUGUACUAAGUUCUCAGGAUGUUGAGUCGUCUGGAGAUUAUCGAUCAGAUUGCUCUGGCACAAAGCCACUUGAUGCUUCAAAAGCAUUUAAGGUUGGUACAAUAUUUAAACAAAGGCAGCUCAGUUGAAAAAAUAGAGUUCACGUAGACAUAUCGUAGUAGGGAGCUUAAGGAAAGACGUUUUUGAGCGAGGUACGUCAACUGGAAGCGAGGCCGUUUUCCUUUUGAUAUGCGUUGACGCUACCAAACUUGUAUUGCUAAGGUUCUUCUCUCUCGUAGAGACGAUUUUUUUGAAAAUUUUGGCUAAGCUUUUGCCCAAUAAUGCAAAAAGUCUACCUCAGAAACGUGUAUGCAGAAGCUAACUAAUGGCGUGUUCCAGGCAAUGCCAUAUCAGUCGGCAAAAACAGCCGUCGCUCCUUGCCGCUAAAGGGACCUUUCGCCUGGGGGGACGUUUGUCCCCCAGCAAAGGAAAUUCCAUACUGUCUGAAAUCUGGUCAGGAGCUCUGAUUGGUCAACGUAGUAGUUAUAUUGUUUUAGCUAUUGUCUACGAACGAUAGACAAACGGGAAACGGUCACAAAGGUCAAAUGUAAACGCGAUGAAUCUUCCUACAAAACAGUCAAUUUUCGUGGAAUAUAUUCUUCUCUAGCAGAAGCAUUUGAGUUUUGCUGGAGCUCGUUCGCCAAAGAACACAAAACUUUACCAUAAUCGACCAGGAGAAACAUAAAAUCGAACAAAUUUAGAUUUGGAAUUCAUGACUAUCGGAUUUAUCAUGUAAACAUUGAUUUACGUCAUCAGUAUGGAGUUUCUGUCGCUUAGGCGCAGACGUCCCUCCUAGCGAAACCUCCCCAGGGGCGAGAAACGUGGAGAGACGGCUGUUUUCGCAGGCUAAUGCAGUAGUAGUAGUAAUCUUCAUUUCAACACGGUUAAAACUCAUCAGGAUUACACAGGUAAAGAAAAAAAAGAAUACUUAUCUAUCAAUAUUUAUACAAGAGAACACAUAUUCUUAUGAAAAAAUGAGAUAAAAUGACCUGCUUUUCAAAAGUGCCGUGCGUUGAAGGUUAGGCGUUAGUUAAAGUAACGUCUACAGUCAUAUUGGAGCAAGCCAUUGAAGUCUGUCCUGCAGGGGACCAGUUGUGGUUCGGAGGAAGUCAGACGUCCCCGACUCAGGGAAGUCAUUCGUUCCAGCGAGUGGCCGCCACGAAAGGUGUUUAAGAUUAACCAACUUCAAGCCUAAUUUUAAGCCAAUUUUGUUGUCUACAAACAUGAUAUCGUUGAGCAUUAAUUACUCCCAAGAUCGGCGGCGAUAACCCAAAGUGAUACCCUACACAGUCUACAAAACCAUUUCAGCCUCAUUAUUAUUACCUUUUAUUAUUAUACAAAUAAUCAGAGAAUAAAUGUUAACCCUGACUUAUUAUUACCGCUUUGUUUUCAGGAAAGUGGUGUAAUUUACUUUUCUGACCUCGGCAUCCAAACAGCUCGAUGCGAAAAGCGCGUCUCAUACUGUAAGUGAAUGGCAUUCUUUCAGAUCAAUUUUAUCGAUGAUUGUCAGUUGUGUGUAUCGUUUGGGAGGGCUGCAACGAUAUAUCGAUGCAUGUGUGAACCGCGAUAUUUCUUCUAAGGUAGGAAUAUCCACAUUUGAACCAGAUAUAGCGAUGUUACGAUACAAUGACAUAUGCUAAAAAACGAAAAUUUGGGGAAUCACUGUCUUAAAUCCAAUCUCCUUUAAGGCGAUUUGUGUUGGGAACAAGAAAAAAGCAAACCAUCCCUGCUCCCCGUGCUUCUCGUCUUGUCCACCCACAAGCAAUGGGAACUAUUCUUGUCCCGCAUAGUAAUACUAGUAUAUCGUAUCGUGGCCCUUGUAUCGCGAUCUGUAUCGAAUCGUGGAAAAGGUUGGUUACCGUUGCAGCCCUGUUGUCAGGGAGCCUAAGCAAUCAAUCAUAGCCUGCGAGCAAGCUCUCCGGGGGAUCGAAUGCUGGCGAAUUUUUCUGGACUUAAGUUUUCAGGGACUGCAUCCUUGUUCCAAGUGUAAAUCCAAAAGGAAAAGCCCGGGAAAUUCUUGUGAGCAUUAAUUACGUCGCCAUGAGUAAAGAUAUGGAAAAAGGUUUCCACAACUGUAUUAUAUAAAGAUGAAAAAUUCUUAUGAUAUGGGUUUUAUUGGAAUCGGAGUUGCGAAGGCAACGUAACGACGCCAUUACGUUUUUUGUUUAUCUUUGUGUUUCUCUGUACCAGGAGUUUUUUUAAACAAUGCCAGUGAAUAAUGAGGACGCUCAGUUGUAAACACAAAACUGGGGGGAAAAUUGGUCAUAUUUGAGGCCCUAUUUAAAAGCCUUCCUUGUUUUUAAUGUUCUUGAAACUUGCAGCGGACAUUUAUUGACGAUUGAUCUCGGGAUUUUCAAAUUUAUAAUAAAUUUAGCGACCGGUUUUUUUUAAAAAUGCAAAAUUUGUAGGCGUAGACCAAAAACUGUAACAAAAGCAGCUGAAUGCAAGUUAAUAAAUUUCUUCAUACUCGCGAUCGCCCAGAACAAUUCCCCUCUUUUUUUUGUAAUCAGUUUGCAAUGGAAUCAAACCGCUAUGAGAUGAAGCCGCGUUUCCAAAGCUUAUCAUUUUCUUAAAAAAUUAGCUAAUUGUGUGGAUAGCCUGCCAUUUCACUGUUUAUAUGAUGCUUAAAACUUCGUUUCAAAAUAUUUCGAAAACGCUCUCAUAGAAUUUGUUCAAACUUUGCCAUAAUUAAGGCAAUUAUGGCACGUACAAACUCCCUUAAGCGAUUUUUAAAAAAACUCUUGGUACAGAGAAACACAAAGAUAAAUAAAAAAAACGUAAUGGCGUCGUUACGUUGCUAUGGCGACUCCGAUUGCAAUAAAACCCAAAUCAUAAGAAAUUUUCAUCUUUAUAUAAUACAGUUGUGGUAACUUUUUUUCCAUAUCUUUACUCAUGGCGACGCAAUUAAUGCUCAAACUUGGGAGGUAUCCCCCCCAAAAAAUCCAGUCGAGCAACCUUAAGUCCCCUUAAACCCGGAUUAUUUCUUUAACCGUUCCAUCCGCUGUCGGAGGUCUCUUAAGGAAGAGGCGAUGAAUGCAGAAACAAAAACAUUUCUUGCUUUUUCGGCCCUGUCGCCUAGAGUUUUUGACAACAUUAACUAAAAUAGCUUUUUGUAUGGUAAUCAUUACUGAAGUGGAGCGUACUGUUAUUCAGUUUUUAACUUCAAUUUAUCACUGCUGCUCUCGCCUUAAUUGCUAAAGCUCCCUAGUUUCUGUAGCGUUGGGAUCCACUUCUCACAGCCUCCCUCUUGCCUAGCCAUAUACACCUUGCGACGACUCUAGUCUCUUCCAAAUGUAGUAAAACUUUAGUUGUAAACAAUUAACCGUGCUCUUUAGAGUGGAACUGUCCAUCUUAAGUCCAAACAAAUAAACUACGUUGGUAACCAGGUGGCAGCAACAUGUUCUUUUCCAUGGCGGUAGAAAAUUGUGACACUACUUUAUUGGAAUCAAAGCGCUAAAAUUUGAAAACAACAACGAAUUUUUAAAUUCUCCUACCAAUUGGCUGGAGUAUCUGUUUUACACUUAACAAGCUUAAAUGCUUUUUUCUUCAUGAUUAAUAUUUAUACCAUUAAAUAAAAUAUUAUUUCUGAGCCUCUUAAAACUUUUGAUUUGACUGUGCAGUCUUAAAACUAAUUCAGUCUUUAAUCUUUACUUUAAUAUUCACAAAUUUAAACUAUCAGUUAACUUUUUCUCUGUUUAGUAUAUAACUACACGUGAUAAUACGUUACUAAUGUUAGCAUGUUGGGCUGACGUGUCAGUGAAAUCUAAAUGACAAGAGUUAUACGAGCUGUAUAGUGCAGUUUGAAUCUAUUUUUGAGUCCGUUUUGUUCUUACAACCUAAACCAGCCGGAGAUCUAAGUCAACAUACAUAAGGCGUUGUGUUCGGGAUAUGCGCCCACCCCGCUGACUUUGUAAAAAAAAAUAAUACUACGAUAAAAAAAAAACGAAAAAAAAAUUAGAGCAAUAGAUGCACCUAGCAACCUUUGUGGUAUUACAGGUGUUUAAAGUAUGGGAUAGGCAUCCCAAUGAAAGGUUUUCCAAGUCUCCAAUGAAACAGUGUGUAAGAUAGAAGGGAGGGAAGGUCUGUGUAAAUGGGAGUGUUGUAGGCAUGAAAACACAAAUAAAUUGGGCAUUUUAAUACUUAAGUGUCUUUUAAGUGGUAAAUAGAACGUAAAUUUACGGAACUUGUGUGGAUUCCGCAGAAACGAACGACUGGAAGUGUUUGGUAUGUUGUAAGCAACAUCACCCGCAACGGGCACGCAAUUUUUGAAGGGUAAUUAAGUAUCCUGCUUAAUAGAGCAUUUAAAGUAAAGGUUUUAUGUAACCGGUCCCUGUACUCUAGCCAACUCAGUAGACAGCAGUCAAGAGACUGAAGGUUUCACUGUUAACCUGAUAAAACUCGUACUGUCAGACAAGCAGUGUGGGGACAUUUAAAACUUAUUGACUUAUUUUCUACCGUCAACGAUAAAUGUGUUAGUCAAGUCAGACUAGGUCGCGAAGAAAUUAACACGUUAAAAUUAAGUUAUAUUAAACAACACCUAAAAAGCUGUGUAAUCAUGACAAAUCAAUGCUCCUUUCUUAGCCAUUGCAUCGACGGCCUUGUUUUAUGAUGUGCCUGUGAAAUCGAAUUUCUUUUAGGUACUAGGCGCCGGAGACCAGAUAGCUGCAAGGGACGCCCUUAUGGAGGUCGAUAUCGUCGCUGGACGGGCCCGAUGCGUCUAUUUCAUCGCCGAUUCAGUCGUCGCCGACUCAGUCGUCGCCGAUGCCAUCGUCGCCGAUUUGGACCAUUCGGAUGGCAAUCACAGCAACCGAGUUCUAACGGGAGUAAUCGCCAACCCAGUAAAAAGCAAAACAAAUCAAGACAGAAGCCUGGAUAUGUACGUAAGGAAUUCGCCGAGCCAUGGCUAUGGAGUGAGGAGUUGGUAAAGUAAGCAGGCGUAUGAUAUACACGGGUUAUUGCAAACAAAACCUUCAUAUCUGAAUUUCCCUUUUUUUAAAAAAGGUACUAAACAAUGUUGAUUGCAAAGGACUCUCUCUUAAACAAGACACCAACUGUAGCAUCGAGAAGCAGCAUAAAAGGUAGCGUCUAAACUACAGUCUCGGACAAAAUAAAUGGAAAAUAUAGAAUCCUUCCCCCCGCCCCCCCCUCGAUCAAAGACGGGAAAAUGGCGCGUUUUGGCCUUUGCGCUGCUUCAUCUUUGAUUUCCGAAGAAAGAGGGGUUUGUUGUUCUUAUUUCAUUUUGUCCAAGGUAGUAGAUCGCGUUAUUUUUGAGACGUGAAGACAGUUUUUGUGCCAUUGGGCGAGACGUGCAUGGUCUUAUUUCAGUCGCUUCCUUUGUGUCCCUCGUUACGACCAACUGAAAACUUGGACAGGGUCGCAUAAAGCAUCUAAGUUUAUGGUACUCCUAAGUAUUGAUUUGAAACAACUUGGUUGUUGUUCCAGACCAAUGCUUACGAGCCCUCUUACCAUAAGAACGUUUUAUACCCAAGCCCCCGGAAGAGGGUACAGGAUAACUUGACCUUUAUCAUUAACCACGUAAACUCGAAUCCCGCUAACACGGACGAUUUCCUUGUUUCCUUUGGAGUGUAAGUAAGUGGAUAUCUAUUGAAGGGUAAAAAUGUGACAGCUCUUGCUUGCUUUCCGCCUAAAUUGGCGUUUUUUCAAGGUCUUUUGAGGAGGAGGCAAUUAAAAAUUGCUUACAAGUGUAAUGCAGACGACACCAAAGGGACAUAUCCAAGUGUCCACACUACAGAGGUGUAUUCUAUGCUCCACCUGCAAUUGAGUUUCUGAUCACUUUACGCUCAUCCAAGUAUGAUCUUGUGAUUCUAUUCUUUCUUUAUACCUAAAGUCAACAGUAUUAAAUACAUUGUUCGGCUGCAAAUCAUGGAGCAAUUUUGCUGCUAAGAAAAAGAAAGAGUUUUCAAAUGAUAGAACUAAAGCGGGUAUAGAUGAAGAGAAAAGUAUACUUUGAGCGCUUAAUCGUGAGUAAUAAAGGGAUUUUCAGUAAUUGCCGCCUGUUGUCUUCCGUUGUGUAUAUUUUAGAAUUUAGUUCAGUUUUAGUUAAUAUUGUACAAUUGUAGUUUGUAGUUUUUUGGUAUACAUGUAUACUGGGACCUUGGAUUUCCUGUAAAUUAGCUGAUUAACCUAAGCGUAAACUCCUCGUUACGUAUGUUAUCGUAUCGUAUGGUACCGUUUUGUAUCGUCUCGUAUCGUGGAAGUUUCCGUUAAUAAAGGUUAGAAAGCACCGUACUGCUAAUAUUUUUCAUUUAGAAUAUUUCUCAAUUUUCCAUUGGCUUUAAUUUCUCGGCAUUGAUCUUUAUAACCAACUAGCGCUGACCAAAUAUGGAAAAUUUUUCGAGUGAUUUUACGCACUAUUAUGCACUUAUUCCAUUGUCUUCUUUUGUUUACCGCUUGCUAUUUUGCACUAUUUGUUAGUAUCUGUUUCACGGUUCAAGUAAAAAUCACUCUGUCUUACUAUUGACUUUAAUCGUUUUAAUAAUUUGUGUCAAUUUUUAAACUUCUGUAGCUGAAAUGAGAGGUUUAUAUCGUUUUUCUUUACGGUGUCCAUAGCCAUUUCUCCGCGGAGAUUUUGUUAAAGGCGCGGAUAUUGGUAAAAUUUUUGGUGUCUCCGGCGGUCUUGUACAGUUACUUGCAGCUGAAGUUCGACAGAUCUAAAAAUACUGAGAGAACGUUCAUGUUCCACUUAGACAUUUAGCAAUUACUGGCCUGUCGAGUUCUUGUUUCACCUUAAAUCGUAUCAUGUAUUUAAAAUAGCGAUGGAUUUAGUAGCUACUGAGGGAUCACUAUGUUACACAAUCUUAAACAUGUUAUCACAGAUUUAUAUCAUCAUUUAUAUGUUGUUUCAUUUAAUACAUUUACGCAUUUAAAAGUAUAAGCCGGGCCAAUUAUUAAAACGGAGUUUAGCCAGUGUUUAACAAAACCGCAUUCUAAGCCAUUUUCAGUUUGCCUAACGCUUUUAUCUUAACACCAUUUAUCGUGAAAAGUUUCAUGAAAUCAUAAGGCGUAGACUGGAAAAGCACUCAUUGUCUUAAAAUAACCCACUAAGGAAGAGAUCUGGAGGUCCAAAGAUUUGCUAAACCGCGGCUUAAGUUGGACUUGGUUUAGAUAGCAGACCCUAAAUGUUUGACCUUCCUUUUGAAUAUUGAAUUUAAUUAAGAACUUACCCCCGGUAUAUACUUGCAGACCAGGUGUGGGUGAAAUCCAGGCAACCUACUUACAGACAAGGCGAUACUGAUAAAUUUUGAAUUUGGUUAAGAAUUAAGCCUAAAAGUAAAACUAAAUUGAGUAAAUUUCCCUGAAAAUUGGGGAAUUUUUUUAAUAAAAUGAACUCACUGUUUUUGCAAGAGAUGUAGUUCGGAAACGUUUAUUUACUUUUCGUGUAAAGAAAACCGGGUUGAAAGCCCUAGUUUUGUUCUCUUAGUGAGUAACUGUUUACAUCAGAUGUGCUGCUUAAAGAUUUGAAAAUCACAGAAAUGUUCUGCGGCCUUAAGACAUGGUUGCGGAUAUAAGAAAAUCGUCUUUUCGGCUAACCUCGGUUGAAAUGAUACCCUUUAUAGGCUACGAUUUAUCGGGCCGAUUUUCUUAUCCUAAGGAAAGGCGCGAAAUAACAAAGAUCGGGUCAAAUUCGACGCCUAUUUGAUUUCAGAUAUGUGUUGGAGCGCCACAGAUUUUUGAAAGUCAGGCCGAUUGUGUUCUAGUCAAAUGUUUUGUGUAGAAAAAAAUCGGGCCGAAAAAUUGCAGCAUUUGGUGAAUCAGAGAAACCACUUUCAUGCGGACCGUGCUUUUCUGUUGUGUCUCUAACAUCAAUUAUUUGCAUCGGCAAAUAAUUGCUCUACUUAACCACUAACAAAUCACCAUAUUUGGCCCACCCUCGUUCAAUAAUUGUCGGACUGUACACAUUUUUUUGGAACUUUUAGUUUCACUUGAACUCUGGUAUCGCGCAAUCUAGGUCGAGGUAAGUGUUAUCAGCCGAGCCGAAGACCGAGGCUAAUAACACAUACUGAGACCUUGAUUAUUCCGAAAAUGGUUAGAACCAAAUCUAAUGAUUGUUUUAUUUCACAUUGUCUCGAAGAAAGUAAUGCCAAACACACUGACAUUUCCUUUGGAGGUAAUGUAUUGAGUGUGCAACCUAUCUCAGAUCAGUCAGUAAUCUGCUAGCAGAUAACUAACUAAUCUGUCAGGUGCGAUGAUUGUCAAAAUUAACUGUAGGCUCUCAGCCAAUGAGAAGACAGAUAGAAAAGAAAAUGGAUAAUUAUUGUUUAUUAUCACGCGUCUCAACAUUGUGGUAAUUUGAGAAUUUUUAGCCAAUUGAAAAAUUUUAGCAAUCAAAACCAAAGUAGCGACGAAAUUGAUUAAGGCAUUCAAUUGACAGUAAGCUUUCAUAUUUUAAUUGAAUUACAGUGACGUGACUGGAAAAGCUGUGGUUAUGGCCAAGGUUCCUGAUACCACCACUAGCUGGAUAGCAAGUGCAUUUGCCAUGUCCAAUUCAUCUGGUCUCGGAGUUUCCAAACCUGCCACACUGAAAGUAUUCCAGUCAUUCUUUGUUUCAUUGACCCUCCCAUACUCUGUUAUCCGCGGCGAGGAAGUGUCCAUUAUAGCGACAGUCUUCAACUACGAAAGCAAAUGUCUUACUGUAAGUAAAAUACGAAACCUUUUUUAAAAAACUCUUAAUCCUUUUUGUUAAAAAGUUCGUUUUUGUUUCACGCACCCUCCCAUACUGUGUUAUAUAUCUGCGAGGAGGAAGUGUCCAUUAUAGCUUCAGU